AUGGCUGUCGACAUACUCUCAAAUCUGGCGCCCCACGUAGACGUUGCCGUCCGCCUCGAUGCUCUGAGGGCCCUGAAAAACGAUAUCGUCGGCCAUCCGCAGAGGAAACAAGAGUGUGUGCUCAAUGGCGCCCUCAAACCUCUAGUUGCGAUUCUCGACGAGCGAUCGAGCGACUACAGAAUCAAGCUUUCGGCCCUCCAGCUUCUCGCCAGCUUUGCGAGCGCUGGAUCGGCUUUCGUAUACCCGAUACACAAGUCCGGUGCACUCGCGGCAGCUGUCGAUUGCCUCAAAGAUGAGCGGCCACAGAUUGUUCUAGCUGCUCUACGAGUAAUACGCGACGUUGCCGAUGGUUGCACCCUGGCGCCGCCCUUCUGUGCCUUUGGUGAGGCCUUUCUGGCCGACAUCCUCUUCAACAACAAAGCCUGCCUCAAGUCAUUUGCCACGAUACUGGCACAACCCGACAGCAGCCGCACUAUUGCCGCGCAGGUAAACAUUGUAUCACGACUGAUCAGUACUCUUUGCCGGGAAAAGGAACAUCAAAACGCGCUGGUCAAAUACAAGGUUCUCGAUGCUCUUGCCACGAAAUUGGCAAGCUUUGCCGUGGCAGAAGGACAAGUCAUUCCGUGCGCCGAGGCAAUCGCAACCUCAGAAGGCUUGCUUGACUUUAUUCCUCCUGCAGCAAGACCCGACGGUUUCCGAUUGUCAGAUAUUCUUGGAGCCAUCAGUGCAGUUAUCACAGAUUCUGCUUUCCGAUCUGCCCAGCUCUUGUACUCCCACUCGAUACUGGCAGUUUUCCCGAAUACAGAUGUCGACCUGAGCAUAUCCAAACCCGAGGCGCAACUGGCAGGGCUGAGACCGACGAAGCAAAAGGAGCUCGAGCCCAUGGACCUGCUGCUACCCUACUUGCCCAGUCAGAGCCGAUCACAGUUAUUACCGGCUCGAGCUGCUACUGAGCAAGAGGACGAGGAACCUGAAAGCCCGCUGAUUCCAUGGCUCAUCAGCAUGGUUCGAAGCCGGACUGGCAACGAAGCCUUGAUGGCGGCGUCUGUCUUGACGUCGCUCUUCAAGUGUGGGUUUGCGUACAAGUCAAGGGAGGCUACACUAGGACUCUUGGUCGUACCAAAACUACUUCAGUUGCUGAGCACAGCCACCGAGAACCUCAACCAAACGUAUCCGGAAUCGUGUCACUGGGAUAUUAUCGAGCAAGGCCCGACAAUACUCGCCCGGCUCGUCACAGACAGCGACGCAUUACAAAAAGCUGCAGCUGAUUCUAAUGCAAUCAAAAUCUUGGCCAAGUUGCUCAAGAGCACGUAUGAUCUGCAAGUGCCCGCUCCAACUCCCUUCUGGUCUCCCGAGGAUGCACAACCUUCCAUGAGUAAUGCCAAUGAUAGUCGGCUGGGUAAGACCGGCCUUCAUCCGCGGGUUGCUCAUCGUGUUCGGGUGCGCAUAAGCACGCUGAAGUCCCUGGGCGCGAUGGCUUCAUUCAAGGAGGAAUACCGCGAGGCUAUUGUUGCACAAGAUACCGUCCCUUACAUAGUGGAAAGUUUGAAUACUACAACGGGCGGGCGUCAACGACUGGGGGGCGAGGCAGACGAGAAUGACCAGCUGGGUAACCCGCAACAGGUCAUCAUUGCUGCAUGUUAUGCCACACGCAUGCUUUCACGAUCUGUCAACAUUUUGCGGACCGCACUUGUGGACAAUGGCGUGGCCACCCCUAUAUACAAUCUACUCAACUGGCCCAUUGUUGAUGUGCAAAUUGCUGCUACUGCUGCAAUCUGCAAUCUGGUUACCGACUUCAGCCCGACGAGAGACACUCUGAUCAGAGAGACUGCCAACAAUGGAAGCCUCAUCAAGACGCUGUGCAACCAUGCGAGAUCGCAGAAUGCUGCCUUGCGGUUAAAUGCACUGUGGGCUUUGAAGCACCUAGUUCACAUGGCCAGCAUCGAUCUGAAGAAGACUUGUCUGGAGGAGCUGCAGUCUGGCUGGUUGGUGCAACUCAUUUGUGAUGACACCGAGGAUGAAGCUCUAUUUUCAUCUAGGUCACGAGAUAAGCAGGUUUCCGACGACCUGGACGAAGAAAUGGAAAUAGAAGACGAGUCGCCUGGACCGAGCUUCCCCAAGGCGACUGAUAGCCACCGCCUGCGCCAGCUCGCCGAAGCUCGAUUGGCAGGACUGCGCGAGGCCGAGGGCAACGAUGUUCGAAAAGCUCGACAAGACGAUCUGGCAAUACAAGAACAAGGCCUGGGCUUCAUUCGCAAUCUCAUUGGAAGCUCGCAUUCCAGCAGCAAUGCCGACUCGACAAACGACACGGCCGAAAUGAUUGACUAUCUGUUCAACACCCUCGGCCAGGAUCGAUUCUUCAAUAUUCUAGCCACCAAGCUCAGGAUCAAGGUGCUCCAUGCAUUCAGCGGACGUCGCGGCUCAUCUGGCAACGAAACUAGGGUUUUGUAUCCUCAAGCUAGGAUCAUUGAGGCUGUCAUUUAUAUCCUGGUUCACAUGGCCGCCAGUAUACCACGGCAUCGACAGCUGGUUAUUGCACAGACCGAACUCCUCAAACUCCUGGCCGGUCUGUUUAACAGCCGCGACCGCGAGGUGCGCGUUGCCCUGUGUCAUCUGCUCAACAAUUUGACGUGGCAGGAUGACGCCAAUGAUGCCCCGGCCUGUUCGCAACGUGCCAUUGAGCUCAAGAAGCUAGGCUUUUUGACCAAACUUGAAUCCCUUGGCCACGAUGAGGAGCUUGAUGUUCGUGAACGGGCCAAAUCCGCGCUUUGGCAAUUGAAACAUGGUUAG